AUGGUCAGUUACUGGAAACCUUCGGGCUCCGAAUUAGACGAUCCAGUGUUCUAUGAGAACAUCAAGAAGCGUAUCCAAGCAGGCUCGCUCGCUGACGCUUCAGAGAUCGAUGAAGCCAAAAAUCACAUCAAGUACCCAGAGUACUUGACUAGAACGACUCUUGAACAUGAAGGAAGAUAUAACACUCAGGUGAAUCCUGGCCAUGAGAAUAAUGACAAAGGUCAUUUGGGAAAUCCAACAUUUGAGAACCUUUUCAAAAGUCCAAAAGUUAAGACUUUUGAUUUGUCUCCUAAUUUGGGGACAGAAAUUGAUGGUGUUCAAUUGAGUCAAUUGGAUGAUGCUGGAAAGAACGAUUUGGCGUUGUUUUUGGAAACUAGAGGUUUGGCCGUUUUCAGAAACCAGGACCUCAGGGAUCAAGGCCCAGAGUUCGCUGUGAACUUUGGAAAACACUUUGGGCCCUUGCACAUCCAUCCCGUUUUGUAUUCCGUGGAUGAUCACCCAGAGCUUUUGGUUACCUUCAGGAAGGCAGGAGACAGUUCCAGAUAUGCUCAGGAGCUUCUGUUCAAAACUCACAGUAACAACUUUGGCUGGCACUCGGAUGUGAGUUUCGAACAGUACCCUGCUUCGUUCUCCUUUUUUGUUGCUUUGGAGGCUCCUCCAUCGGGAGGUGACACCAUCUUUAUCGAUUUGCGUGAAGCAUACAAGAGAUUAUCUCCAACGUUGCAGAAGUUUUUCGAGACGUUGACGGUUGUCCAUUCCAACUAUUACCAGAACAAAUAUGCUGAACUCAGAAGCCAGGUUGCUAGAGUUAAAGGAGACUACUUCACUGAGCAUCCAUUGGUGAGAACCCACCCAGUGACUGGAGAGAAGAGUUUGUUCUUCUCUAGUGGUUUCAUUCAAAAAAUCAAGGGUGUGAAGCCUUCGGAAUCUGCUGCUAUCUUGAACUUCUUGGAAGAUCAUGUUACAAACAACCCAGAGUUCCAGGUUAGAGCUACUCAUAGAGGUACCGACUCCAGGACUGUGAUUGCUUGGGAUAACAGAUUUUUGCUUCAUUCUGCUACAAGUGACUUCCUUGAGCAUGAAACUGGCCCAAGACAUCACUACAGGAUCACUGUUCUUGGUGAAAAACCAUACUUUGAGAAGUCUUUGGCAGACUUGACAAUUUAG